GGACCAUAUGGCAGCACUUGCUGCCAUCAGUAACACAGAUGGCAUAAGCGGUGGGGCAUUUUGAGUGUUUUGUCUUUCUUUCUCAAUGAAUCGCUCUUUGAAUAGCAGUGAGCAUAGGUGAAGAAUGGCUAGCAAACCAGUGAAACAGCAAAUCAUGGAAAAUCUGCAAAUAACCCAAGCGGUAGCCUGGGAAAAUGCGUACGGCAAUGUGGGCGGGAACCUGUCUCCGCCGCCGCCGGCGCCGGCCGACUCUCCGGAGACGCCCGUCCAGGUGCAGCAGCCGUUCAGCGCGCCCACCUCGCCCGGCUCGCCGGCGGCGCGACCGCACUGCCUCUCGCCCACGCCCGUGCCCUCCACCAGCGACCCCAACUGGCAGGCGACUCGCGCCAGCCUGCGCGAGCGCAAUGCGGCCAUGUUCAACAACGAGCUGAUGGCCGACGUGCACUUUGUGGCCGGACCGCCCGGCGCCACGCAGCGGAUCCCAGCGCACAAGUACGUGCUGGCCACGGGCAGCUCCGUGUUCUACGCCAUGUUCUACGGCGGACUGGCCGACGAGCAGGACGAGAUCGAGGUGCCCGACGUCGAGCCUGUCGCCUUCCUCGUCAUGCUGCGGUAUCUGUACACGGACGAGUUCUUCCCGGAGGCGGACACCGUCCUGGCCACACUGUACGCUGCCAAAAAAUACAUCGUGCCGUUCCUGGCGCGUGCCUGCGUCAGCUACCUGGAGACGAGCCUGACGGCGGGCAACGCGUGUCUGCUGCUCAGCCAGAGCCGGCUAUUCGAGGAGCCGGAGCUCAUGCAGCGCUGCUGGGAGAUCAUCGACGCUCAGGCGGAGGUUGCGCUACGCUCUGAGGGCUUCACCGAGGUGGACCACAACACGCUGAAGUCGGUGCUGGCGCGCGAGACGCUCAACUGCAAGGAGGUGGUGGUGUUCGAGGCGGCGCUGAGCUGGGCGCGCGAGGAGUGCCAGAGGCGCGGCGUCGACCACCCCACCCCGGAGAAGAUGCGAGAGGCGUUGGGUGACGUGCUGUACCUGAUACGGAUCCCGGCCAUGAGUCUGGAGGAGUAUGCCGACACGGCCGCCCAGUCCGGCAUCCUCACACUGCAGGAGACCACCGACAUCUUCCUGCACUACACGGCCAAACAGAAGCCGGCCAUCGAGCUGUCGGCCGUGCCGCGCACCGGACUGAAGGCGCAGGUGUGCCACCGUUUUCAGUCGUCGGCCUACCGCGGCAACCAGUGGCGCUACCGCGGCCGCUGCGACAGCAUCCAGUUCUGUGUCGACAAGCGCAUCUUCAUCGUGGGCUUCGGCCUGUACGGCUCGUCCAACGGCGCGGCCGACUACCGCGUGCGCAUGGAGCUGAAGCGGCUGGGCCGGGUGCUGGCCGAGAACACGGCCCACUUCUUCUCCGACGGCAGCAGCAACACGUUCCACGUGCAUUUCAGACACCCCAUCCAGGUGGAGCCGGACACCUACUACACAGCCUCAGCGGUGCUGGACGGCGCCGAGCUCUCCUACUUCGGCCAGGAGGGGCUGAGCGAGGUGGCCGUCGGGCCCGUCACCUUCCAGUUCCAGUGCAGCUCCGACUCGACCAACGGCACCGGCGUGCAGGGCGGCCAGAUCCCCGAGCUCAUGUUCUACGGGCCGUCGCCGCCCGCCGAGGAGUCCAGACUGUAGCGGCGGGCCGGCGCGGACGGCGGCGCCGGGACGACGGCGGAGCGUCGACCUUCCAGACGGGUGCGCAGUGGCCCGCCGUUCGCGGGGUGGUGAACGAGUGAGAGACUAUAUUCGAGAUACGAACUGUUGACUAUGGACUGGCAGGGCUGAGGCCACACAACGUGGCCGAUCCAGCGGGGCGAGUGCCAUACCACAAACCGACAAUACCACAAGGAACUGGCGGAACGACAAGUUCUGACCGUGCUAAUGCACAUGAGUGGUGGAGCGACCGCGCGUAUGGAAUAAUGUGCAACUGUGGUGGCCGAAUGAUGGCGAAUGGGUGGAUCUGAGACUAUUUUUGUUUGCUGAACCCUUCAGCGUUCCUCCGAGUGUGUCUGUGAAUAGGAUUCAGAGAGUGACGUUCAGAUUGAUCGUUGUUCACGCCGACCACUUAUUCCUACCGGUUUAUCCUUUUACGCUGUCGCCCAUAGUGAUGGGUGAAGCACAUUUACGAGUAUAUCGCCCGCGUUUUGAUCCGCCUCUCUCCCAAUAGGGCCGGGGGGAGUGGUGUUAUAGUGUACAGAGCUGAUAUUUAUCGUUCCUCAUUUGGGUCGGACGUCACGUCUGGCGUCUCGCUCACCGUCACGUUCGGUGACGCCCGUGACUCUGCGGCUCGGUCACGGACCUAUUGAUCUGAUAGAGCGGGCCGGCGGCAGCCGUGCCGAUUUCGCUGCCGAUGCGUCGAUCGGCCGUGUCACGUUUACGGCUCGGGCAACUGGACAUCUGUCUCCAUAAAUACAGCAAUCUCGCCAACAAA